UCUCUCUCCGCCCCUUGUCAUCUCCACGGUUUCCUGCUCGGGCCGAGCAGGAUAAUAUAUCUUCUGUCAGUCACCUUGGGUGAGCAAGUGGAAGAGCUAGAAACUGACUAGGUACUUUCAAGAAACAAGAAUUUCAGCCUCUAAAACAUUAUCUUGCAGAGAACAUACAGGAGCAAAGAAACUAUGGCCUUGAAACAGAUUUCCAGCAAUAAGUGCUUUGAGGGGUUUCAGAAAGUGUAUGAGCAUGACAGUGUGGAACUAAAAUGCAAAAUGAAAUUUGGAAUCUACUUACCACCGAAAGCAGAAACUGGGAAAUGUCCUGUACUUUACUGGCUAUCUGGUUUAACUUGCACAGAACAAAAUUUCAUCACAAAAGCUGGUUAUCACCAAGCUGCAGCAGAAUAUGGCCUCAUUGUUGUUGCACCAGACACCAGUCCACGUGGCUGCAAUAUUAAAGGAGAAGAUGACAGCUGGGACUUUGGUACUGGUGCUGGUUUUUAUGUGAAUGCUACUGAAGAACCUUGGAAAACCAACUAUAGGAUGUACUCUUAUGUAACAGAUGAGUUGCCCAAGCUGAUAAAUGCCAAUUUUCCAGCUGAUCCAAAGAAGAUGUCAAUUUUUGGCCAUUCUAUGGGAGGCCAUGGAGCUCUGAUUUGUGCUUUGAAGAAUCCUGGAAAAUACAAAUCUGUGUCAGCAUUCUCUCCAAUCUGCAAUCCAAUGCUCUGUCCUUGGGGGAAAAAGGCCUUCAGUGGAUAUUUAGGAUCAGAUCAAAGUAAAUGGGAGGCAUAUGACGCUACUCAUCUUGUAAAGUCUUAUCCAGAUUCUCAGUUGGACAUAUUAAUAGAUCAAGGCAAAGAUGACCAGUUUCUUAAAGAUGGGCAGUUACUUCCUGACAAUUUUAUAGCUGCCUGUUCAGAACGGAAAAUUCCAGUUGUUUUUAGAUUGCAAGAGGGAUAUGAUCAUAACUACUACUUCAUUACAACUUUUGUUAAUGAUCACAUCAGACAUCAUGCAAAAUACCUGAAUGCAUAAAGCUUCAUAUAUGAGUGAUCUCAAGAUUAUGAAAGUUACCAAAAACCAAACUUUUGAAAAGAUAGUAUUAUACAUUAAAAAUUACUGCUGUGAAUACUCACUUCUAAUUUUUAUCAAAAACCCAUCUCCUGCUGAAUAUAUAAAAUCAAGUAAUAUGAUUUCUUUUUGUUCCCCACGAGUAAGUACCCUGAUAGAAGACAUGUCAUAGCUUAGGGCCAUUUUAAAAUCUUUGUUAAAUCACGUUCAAAGAAUCACAGAAAAUGUAAAUGAUUAAGUUGUUUCUAAGGAAUAAAGUGAUGCAGAUGUACUUGGAGACAGAACAGUUAGUUGUUGGUCGUUGGAUAUAUCAGUUCUUUGAGAACUAAAUUAUGGAAUUGUAUCUUAGUAACUGAAUAAAGAAAUGUAAUGCAUUGAU